AAUCAUCCAUUUAAUUUAAUAAAGUGAAUAUGUAUUGCUAAUAGUACUAAUUUAUGUGCAAAUGAUCAAAAAGGAAAAAAAGACACUAUGGCACGUUAAGCACGUUUUGCACGUGCCGCCUGUAAAUCCGUGUCCACUCAGUAGAGAGCGCCCGUGGGUUGUUGGCAGUCUGCUUGGUGUCGCAGCUGAGCUGGUGCAUAUGUCACAUGACUCCAGCAUGAUGGGGAAACGGGAAUCCCAGAUUGUGUGUUUGUGAAAAAUAGAGCGCGAGCAUGCCGACGCUGCUGCAGAAGCUCUUCAGCAAAAGAGCCGUCGGUAACGGCAGCGCCCGGGACUGCUCGAGGGGAACGGAGCAGUGUUGGGCAUCUGCAGAGUUUGAUCUAGCUCAGAUCAGGUUGAUUGUGUAUCAAGACUGUGAGAGAAGAGGACGCCAGGUUCUCUUUGACUCCAAAGCAAUACAUAAACUGGAUGCAUCCGAGCCGACUGCUGAUGAAACCAAAACUCCCCCCAAUCGGAGUGGUGCUUGCCAUAUCGGAGGCCAAACAAGUGAGAAAGACAAGCCUCCUACAUAUCAGUAUACCAGACCGGCUUCAGACGUGAACAUGCUUGGAGAGAUGAUGUUUGGCUCAGUUUCCAUGAGCUACAAGGGUUCAACUCUUAAAAUUCACCACAUUCGGUCUCCACCGCAGCUGAUGGUCAGUAAGGUUUUUUCUACCCGGUUUGGCAGCAGCACUGGAAGUACAAAUACGCUGCAAGACAGUUUUGAGUCAAUGAGCCAAACUUUUCCUAGUCACACCAGCAGCAUAGGAGUUUGCCGUGUACCUAGCGCUCCUCUGCUCUGCCUCGCUCGGAGCGCAUCUUUCUUUGCAGCCCACAGUAAUCCAGUGGACAUGCCAAGCAGAGGACACAGUGAGGAUGGAGACAGUGGCAUUGCUCGCUCAGCAUCUCUGAGCAGUUUAUUGGCCACUCCCUUACCCUCACCUGGUUCCUCAUUCAACAGUGGCUGUGCCAGCAGUUACCAGCGGCGAUGGCUCCGUAGCCAGGCCACCAGUCUUCAGCAUGGCCCCAUGCCUCGCUGGAGCACUGAAGAAAUGUUCAACCUGUCUGACGAGAGCUGCAGCUCCAUCCCUGCGAUGAUCCGGAGGAAGAAGAUUGCCAUCAGCAUCAUUAUAAGCCUACCAGAGAGAGAAGAAGAAAACCACAAUUUUCAGGAGUUUUUCUUCUCCCACUUUCCUUUGUUUGAGUCUCACAUGAACAAACUCAAGACUGCCAUCGAGAGGGCAAUGAUUUUGUGCAGAAGGAUAGCAGAGUCCAGUCAGCGAGUGCAAGUCUAUCUGUGCCGAGUGAUGGAAGCACUGGGAGAAUUCAGGAUGACGGUGUGGAACCUGUACAUGGCUCCUCGGAUCAGUGAGCCAGUCUGGCUUUCCAUGAUAUCCCAAAGUACCGAGCGAAACCUACUGUGUCAGCGCUUCCUGAAGGAGAUGAGUUUGCUGAUGGAACACGGAGCCAAGAGCCAGUUUCUCUCAGCUCUCCUUACUGCUGUUCUUACGCAUCACUUAGCCUGGGUUCCCACGGUGAUGCCCAGCAGCCUGCCACCAAUCAAACCUGCCUGCCAGAAACCUGCCUCACAGACAGUGGAUCUGUUGGCAAAAUCUCACCCAUACAACCCGCUGUGGGCUCAAUUAGGUGAUCUGUAUGGUGCUUUGGGCUCUCCAGUGAGAGUGUGUCGAACGGUGGUCGUGGGACGCAGGAGGGAGCUGGUACAGCGAGUCUUGUAUGUUCUAUCCUACUUCAUUCGCUGCUCAGACCUGCAGGAGCAUGUACAACCUCAAGGACAGAUGAACAAUCCAGCCAAUCCCUGCAACUCUCAAACCACUGAUCCCACUUCUGGAAGUGAAAGGAUCAAUGAAAAAACAUUUCCCCCAAAACCAGACCCAUUAAAGCCCUCUCUUAGUGUUAUCGAAACCAGUGAAAAAGCACUGAACUCUGGCUUGGGCAAUGCCAUUCCAGGCACCUUUGUAGAACAAAAUGAUCGGACGCUUUUGACUGAUACAAAAUCGACUAAUCCAUCUCCCAGUAUGGAAUCGACCACUGUCAGGCCUGAAUGUACAGAAAUGGGACAGGAAUGUUUUGGAGAAGACAGUGACUCUGUUGGGGGUGUAUUAGAGCACAUUUUGGCCAAUCAAAGUCCUCUUCUGCAUAGGGUGCAGUUUCACAUUGGCAGUCCCAGGGAGGCAGAGAAUGACGGACAAGCCAGCGGACUUACUGGGGCGGGGUGUGGGCGGGGAUUGGACAGGAAGUUGCAUCAAAGGAUUUUGAGUGACAUACGAAGGAAUGAGAGCUCAGACAGUGCUUUAGGUGACAGUGAUGAUGAGGAAACAUCACCGCAAGAACUGUACGUGGCUACAGAACACAAGGAGUAUGAGUUACCUCUGCCAAAUUAUCAGGUAGAGAGUCGAGCCAGUGUUAAUCAUUUUGGCCGUUCUUUGCUGGGUGGUUACUGUCCUCAGUACAUGCCUGACUUUGCCUUGCAUGGCGUCAGUUCUGAUCUCAGGCUCAAACAGUGCCUUAUGGCUGACCUGGAACACACUGUUCUCCAUCCGGCGCUGGAUGAACCAGUGGCUGAGGCUCUCUGCAUUGUGGCAGAUACAGACCGACUGAGUGUGCAGGUGGUGACGAGUCAAAGGCGUGUGUGUGAGGGCGGGCGGAUGGGCAGGGACGUGAUGGUGUCCAACCUCAUACACACGCUCAUCACAUCAGUUCUGCAGCUAUAUGCACUCAACAUCGCAACUGAUUUUUGUGUGAUGCAUCUGGAGGACCGGUUACAGGAGGUGUAUUUUAAAAGUCGAUCCUUAGCAGAAUAUCUGAGAGGACAAACCAGGGUCCAUGUAAAAGAACUGGGGCUGGCACUGGGGAUUGAGUCCAGUGACAUUCCAUUGCUUGCAGCAGUGGCCAGCACACACUCGCCCUACGUGGCUCAGAUCCUUCUUUAAAAAGACCAAGCAAGAUUUAUUUCACAUAAAGGACCAAUCAGAAUGUGUUCCUGUUCUGCAUGGACCAGCAAGGAUCUGAUCAUUAUCAGAUGACCACACCAAUCAAGAUGCACUGUGCUCGACAACCAUUCGGAGCCGACACCCAGCCUUAAUUUACCAAUCAGAAUGCCUUGUUUGUCCAGCUGACAGUCUGUGUAUGUACGUACGAGUGUGCAUCUAACUAACUAUCUAUAGACUGAAUCGGGCACCACACAGGGACCCUUGUUAAUGCUCUCCAUAUCUUAUCUUGUGUCUUUUCAAGUCUUAUAUGAAAGGGAAGACUGGAUACCGCAAAGAUUAUUGGUGGAAAACAUCACUAAAGGCAAGAAUACGGAAAAGCCUCUACAUUUGAUGGCUCAACGCUAUAUAUCUGAAAACACAAUAGUGUAGUUAAUUAAAAGGACAGUCCUCCCCAAAAAAUUGUCAUUAUUUUCUUACUUUCAUAUUGUUCCAAACCUGUAUGCAUUUCUUUCUUCUGCUGAAAAAAAAUUAUUAUUAUUAUUAUUUUUUUUUGUAGACUAUCCCUCUAAAGAUGAGAGCAUAACUAUAACAACGUAUAGUCUCUCUGUGAAGCACGUUAGUUUACAUCAGGAGCCACAUUUUGUAGAAUUCUUGAGACAUGGCUGACCCAAAAAUAAUGAUUCUGCCAAUUUACUCACCCUCAUGUCAUUCCAAAUUUGCAGGACUUUUUUUCUUUUUGAAGGAUAACUCUUUUCCAUAUAAUAAAAGUGAAAUAAGAUGGGGACUGCAGCAAAAUGACAAAAAAUACCAUAAAUAUCACCAAAAUAUCAUUUAAAUGUAUGUCUUCUAAAAUCAAGACUCCUUUUUUUAAUUUUUUGACAUUUUAGAGCUUGACAGUCCUAAAAGACCGUCAUCAAAUGGAAAAUAACAGCCAGGAUAAUCUUCAAAAAUGUCACAGUUUUGGUUUUACAGAAAAAGUCAGUCAUAUGGGUUUAGAACAACAUGCGGGUGAAUAUGAAAUUGCAGGAUUUUCAUUUAUGGGUGAACUGUCCCUUUAAACUGUUAAAUUCCAAACAAGUGGCACAAGCACGGAACUCUGAAACCAUAAAAAGGACAUUUUCAAUCAAUGUCUGGAAUUUCAUUCAAGAAAAGCAUUAGUUUGGUCCUGAAGAAUUAUUUGACAAUGUAAGUCACAGCAGCAUUUAUGUUGGAAUUUGAUCAAAUCAAUCAGUUUUCACAGUUUUCUACCCUAGUGCGAUCUUACGUUUCGUUUAAUCUGCAAUUUAAGUAUUUUUCAUAGUCCAUGUUCUCCAGAAAACUGUGUGUUUGCUUUAAUCUCUGAAAGAUGAGAGAAUGUUUACAUAAUGGAAAGAGGAGUAGACUGGGUGUGAUAUUAAAUUGUGGAAAUGUUAAUUACUGGACAGUCCAUGGAUUGUGGAUUACAGUAUUAAUUUGGUGCUACUAUUAUGUCAAAGGCUUACUAAAGCACCCGCACACUUUUACGCUCUGUCCUUGCGAAUGCUUUAUAUUUCUUUCAGUGGUGUAUUGCACUGAAAGACAUACAUGUCACAGCAAUAGAACCCUAAUAGAAGUUUGUGACGAAAGAAAUUGAAAAUACUUUUUUUAUUGUUGUUGUUUAUUGUUCCACUUUAAAGAGCUAGAGAAAGAUGAUUAUUUUUUAUAUUUUCACAGAAUACUCUACCUCAAAUAAAAGAUCUGAAAGUGGCCUGAUCUGAGUUUAUGGGUUUGAUCAGUCAGUAUCACACAUCAAGAAUGCAGUGUGCUUAUAUUUUCAGCAAGUAUACAAUUAAAAGCUGCAUUUUGGAUUAAAACAGGGAUCUUAUACAUGUGCAAACAUCUCUAGAGAAUUUCUGUACUGAAAGUAAAUGUAAAUUUGUCUUGCUUUUUUAAAAUUUUUUAUUUAUUUUUUAUUUUUUUUGAACACUAAGGUUUGGCCACUUUCAGUAGUCUCUUGUUUUCCUUUUGGUCUGUUCCCUGCAUGGUGUUUAUACUUCUGGUUGAAUGUGGUGGAGUAUUUUGUCUGUGACAAUAGGAUGUUGAUAUGAACUGAACUAGUGAUGAAUAAACAAAUUGCCAGGAAUUGAACAA